CAACCACAAGAGUUGUCGUUCAUGUCGAGACAGGUGGCACACAAUGACGUCAUGAAUAUUUGCUGCAACGGCGUGACGGGAUAACCAUGGUUGACACAAAAUUAUACGAUGUUCUUGGUGUUAAAAAACAGGCCUCUGAUGGAGAAAUAAAGAAGGCCUAUUACAAGUUAGCAAAAGAAUUCCACCCAGAUAAGAAUCCAGAAUCAGAGGAAAAGUUCAAAGAAAUUAGUUUUGCAUAUGAAGUAUUGUCAAAUGCAGAGAAAAGAGAAACAUAUGAUCGGUUUGGACUACAGGGUCUCAAAGAAGGGGGUGGAGGUGGAGGGUUUGGAGGGGCUGACCUGUUUGGAGAUUUGUUUGGGGGUAUAUUUGGUGGGAUGGGUGGUGGUAUGGGAGCAGGUCCCUUUGGGUUUGGUGGAAUGGGAGGAAUGGGCGGUAGCAGAAGAGGCAGGAGGCGUGGUGAAGACACUUACCACCCACUUAGGGUUUCAUUAGAGGACCUCUACAAUGGGAAGACAUCUAAACUUCAGCUUAGCAAAACUAUAAUUUGUAAAAAAUGCAGCGGGUUAGGGGGUAAAGCAGGAGCAACAGUAAGGUGUCGUGUCUGUAAUGGACGAGGAGUAAAAGUUACUUUAAGACAACUGGGUCCCGGCAUGGUGCAGCAAAUGCAGUCUGUUUGUCCAGAAUGUCAUGGAGAAGGUGAAGCUAUCAGUGACAAAGACAAAUGUAAAGAAUGUAAAGGGAAGAAAGUAAAUAGUGAGUCUAAAAUACUCGAGGUUCAUGUUGAUAAAGGUAUGAAAGAUGGUCAGAAGAUUCCAUUUAGAGGAGAAGGAGAUCAGUUGCCUGAUUUAGAGCCCGGAGAUGUUAUUAUAGUUUUACAACAGAAAGAACAUGAAGUGUUUUCUAGAGACAGUGAUAAUUUGUUUAUACCACAUAAACUAAGUCUUACAGAGGCUUUAUGUGGGUUUGAGUUUACUGUAAAACAUCUAGAUGGUAGAGAACUGAUUAUAAAACAUCCGCCAGGCACUGUGAUAGAACCAGGAACAAUCAAGGUUGUAAAAGGGGAAGGCUUUCCACAUUACAGGAAUCCAUUUGAGAAAGGGGAUUUAUUAGUCAAAUUUGAUGUGACAUUUCCCCCACAAAAUUUCGCAACAAACCAACAAUUAAAGAAAUUGGAGAAGAUUUUACCAGCCAGACCAAAAUUUACAAUGCCUGAGGGUGAACAUGUUGAAGAAGUGAACCUUAUGGAAUACGAUGACACUCGGUCAGCCGGUGGGGCCGGCCGACGGGAAGCAUACCAUGAUGAUGACGACGACGAUGAUGAUGGAAUGCCGGGCGGUCAACGUGUACAAUGCGCGCAUCAAUGAUCAAACUAUUAUUUUAGCAAUUUUAUUGUAGAUAAAGGUAUACAUGAUAAGGUCUGUUGUAAAGUGUCACACAGAGGCGGAGAGUGACAUGACGCAGCUUGAUGUAUUUAAAUACCAUCUUCUAACUGAUACUUCCUCUACCAUGAGUCCUCGAUAUUUUUUUUUAUAACGAGAAAACAUUGAAAUGUAAACGCUAGUAAAUUGAUCAGUGAGUUAUGUUUCUUACAUUAGAUUUCGACUUGGAAAUGACGUGUUAUUUAAAUGCUACGUUCUUGAUAUGACUGAAGUUAUUUCUAAGGAAACAUUAAAUGUACAGAACCGAGAAAUAACAAAGUAAUUUCAACCAUACAAAUGCUUAUAAUGGAAGUGUAGAAUUCACAGUUGAUAACUUCCCAAGAUUUUGCAGAUGUGUUGGGAGUUGCAAUAAAUGAAAUGUAAAAUUGUAAGAGAACUACAUUUACUGGAAGAAACAAAAUAGUAACUGGACAUUUAGUUAAUUACUUUAAAGUUAAAAAAAACAUUGAAAGAGUAGAUGAAAGUGAAAUGAAGCCUAAAUGCUGCACAAAGUGUUAUGAACAAAUUUAAACGUUUACAAUGUAGCUCAGUUCUAUUAGCUAAUUGCCAGGUGCAUUUGAAAAUGAAAAUUUAUUUCAUUUACUUACAUACUGAGGGGGCUGUGUUGAGCAUUACUUGUGUUCUGUAGGCAACUUUAUAUGGAACACUUUGUGUUUUAUUUUUAGCUCGACUAUUCGAUAAGAAUAAGUAGAGCUAUUGCAGUCACCCGAGCGUCGGCGUAACCACUUAUGUUAAAGUUUUUGUAAUAGUUCAAAUAUUUUCAAAGUCCAUUGACAUAUGGCUUUGAAACUUUGCACACUUGUUCACCAUUAUGACCCCAACCUGUAGACAGGAGGAGGUAACUCUAUCAAGCAUUAUGACAGGAUUAUGCCCCUUUUUCGACUUAGAAUUUACGUUUAAGUUUUUGUAAUAGUUCAAAUAUUUUCAAAGUCCAUAGACAUAUGGCUUUGAAACUUUGCACACUUGUUCACCAUCAUGACUCCAACCUGUAGACAGGAGGAGGUAACUCUAUUAAGCAUUUUGACAGAAUUAUGCCCCUUUUUCAACUUAGAAUUUACGUUAAAGUUUUUGUAAUAGUUCAAAUAUUUUCAAAGUCCAUUGAUAUAUGGCUUUGAAACUUUGCACACUUGUUCACCAUCAUGACCCCAACCUGUAGACAGGAGGAGGUAACUCUAUCAAGCAUUUUGACAGAAUUAUGCCCCUUUUUCGACUUAGAAUUUACGUUAAGGUUUUUGUAAUAGUUCAAAUAUUUUCAAAGUCCAUUGACAUAUGGCUUUGAAACUUUGCACACUUGUUCACCAUCAUGACCCCAACCUGUAGACAGGAGGAGGUAACUCUAUCAAGCAUUUUGACAGAAUUAUGCCCCUUUUUCGACUUAGAAUUUACGUUAAAGUUUUUGUAAUAGUUCAAUAUAUUUUCAAAGUCCAUUGACAUGUGGCUUUGAAACUUUGCACACUUGUUCACCAUCAUGACCCCAACCUGUAGACAGGAGGAGGUAACUCUAUCAAGCAUUUUGACAGAAUUAUGCCCCUUUUUCGACUUAGAAUUUACGUUAAAGUUUUUGUAAUAGUUCAAAUAUUUUCAAAGUCCAUUGACAUAUGGCUUUGAAACUUUGCACACUUGUUCACCAUCAUGACUCCAACCUGUAGACAGGAGGAGGUAACUCUAUUAAGCAUUUUGACAGAAUUAUGCCCCUUUUUCGACUUAGAAUUUACGUUAAAGUUUUUGUAAUAGUUCAAAUAUUUUCAAAGUCCAUUGAUAUAUGGCUUUGAAACUUUGCACACUUGUUCACCAUCAUGACCCCAACCUGUAAACAGGAGGAGGUAACUGUAUCAGGCAUUUUUUUUACUAUCAAGCACGAAGAAUAGUCGAGCGUUGCUGUCCUACCGACAGCUCUUGUUUAUAAAGUGAUAGUGGACUUCAUCAAUUAUUCCUGCUCAAAACUUUUUAUCAUGUUAGUAAUACAUGUUUAUGUCAACGGAGUGACAUAUAAUCAAUUUCAACAGAAUUACGAGUGAACUCGAGUUUUUGAUUAUGAAAAAAUAUUGUAAAAAUUUAGUUGAAAGAAGAGAUAUGAUCAAGACAAAGGGAUGUAUCCUACAAAAGUAUUUCUGGCAUUUGAUUGGCUAAUAUCUAUUAUUGGCUAUCUUAAGUGUGGGUAUUUUACAAUGUUGUCUUCUGAGUACAAAUAUAAAUCAAUCAUUAAACAUGCUUGAAAUGUACAUUUUUUUUAUUGUGUAAACAUUUUAUUUUGUCUUUACUUUAAAUGAAAUAAUAAAGAAUCUGUACAAUGAUAUUUUAGGGGUAAUUAUACAUUUUUCAUACCAAACAUGUUGUGCCUAUUUGACAUUCAUCCAAAAUAAGGAACUCAUUUUCCCAGUGUUAAUGACAAAGGACCCAUGUUCUUCCAAUGGUUUAAGAGUAUGAAUAUGAAAGUUUAUCUUUGCAUGUUGUAAGUCUUUAUUUCAUACAAGUUACUACAGUUUUGCGGUCAACCCUCAAAAUGCAGGUCUGUAUUUUGAGAUUUUGUGUGGCUUUGUUUUCAGUUUGCUUUCUUCUGUUUAAUGAGCAACGAAGUUGUUAUAUAUUUGCAUGUUGUAAUCAAUGUCACUUAAUCAUUUUUUUCUCAUUGAAAUCCCCAAGUUAAUGGAGCCUCAGUAAUUUUUUGUUUGUUAAAAAAAAUCUUUGUUACUUUUAAUGAACAUGGUUCAACUUAAUAAAUUUCCUGAUUUUGUACAAGCAGUAUAAAACAGUAUCUUUUUGCUGAGAUUAAAAAUGAAAGACUGUCAUAAGUUUUUUGCUGUGCAGGGUAUGAAAUUUUAUGGGUUUUGUUUCAGUCUUUACUCUUCUUCAAAAAAUCAAAAAUUUUACUCUUUAGUUAAUAAGUGUAUUAAUACGUUUUGUUUAGAUAUUGUAUUAAUUUUCACAUUUCCAUUUUGAGUUUAUAGAUCAUAUCGGUUUAUAGAAUUAUUUAUUAUUGUACAAACUGUAUGCUUUAAAUACAAAUCAACGCUAAUUAACUCCUAUUAUCUAUCACAGUACAUUUUACAUUUACAUCGCCUACUCACCAAAGUUGAGAAAUUGCUAUUUGUUUUAGUGAAAGUUUGUAGAAUGCUUUGUGUCAAAUAGCAGACAUUUUUAACAUUAUACACUUUACAAAACUUACAUGUGUAAACCACUGUAGAUCUGUACAUAUCUCUGCCAAAACUAUAUGAAGUAAUUAAAGUCUUGACUGUAUAAAAGCCUAUAAACUUUUAAGGAUAAUGGUUUGCAUGGUUGACUGUGCAUCAAAAACACUCCUGCAAAUAUUGUUUAAGCAAUAAAUAUUUUGUACAGCAUUUAUAUAUUCGAAAAGAUGGGAGGAUUUUCUUACAAUGCAUACAGAAUUUGUGUACUUAAACUUUUUAUUAUGUUAAUUAAGGAGCCAGCUCAUUAUUUGUAACUAAAAAGGUAACAGAGUAUUACUGCAGUUGGAGUACAUUAGUUUUUAUAUUGGUGUCCAUAUUGCCUGUAUAAAUUUUCUCUCUGUUUUUUUUGUGAAGUGUAAUGAUUUGUAAAAUAUUUUAAACUUUCAUACCGGCUUUUUGUGAUUAUUUUUGUUAAUAGACCAUAUUUUUGCUCUAAAAGCAAUGUAUCUGGUAUGACGAAUAUAUAAUGAAGUUACUAAAAUUUUCAACAUAAUAUAAUGAAGUUAAUGAAAGUUUCAACAUACACAAUGCAGUUAUUGUCAACAUAUAUAAAGAAGUUAUUGUCAACAUGUAUAAUGAAGUUAUUGAAAGUUUCAACAUAUACAAUGCAGUUAUUGUCAACAUAUAUAAUGAAGUUAUUGAAAGUUUUAACAUAUAUAAUGAAGUUAUUGAAAGUUUCAGCAUGAUUUCUUGCCUUGAUAGGUUUUAGAACUGUAUUUGGAUGCCAUGCACAGUGCCUGCUGUUGGUCAGUGUAUAUAUAACGACUAUCUACUGCCAAAAAAGUGGGAAAGUUAUAUUAAACAAAACCAUGUACAGAUAUUGAACCAAUUAGCGUUUUAUAUGGCAAAAAUAUACAUCAUUGGCUCUUUGGAGUUAGAUUGGAUUUGUAGAGUUCGAAAUACAUGCCGUCAUCAUUUCAUUUGUGUACAAACUCAAUACCAAAUACACUACAUUUAAUGCUUGACUGUUAAAAAAAUUAUAUUCUACUUUUACUGGUAUGUUAACCGAUUUUAAUUAUAUACAGUAACAGUCUUUCAUUAGUUUUCUUUAUUUUGAAGCUUGUUUUUAUCUCCUAUCCAAAUUGAUCAACAUUAAAUAUAGAUAAAUAAUGUACCUAUCGUAAAAAUAAAUAAAAAUUAAAUAUUGACCAAACAUA